AUGAGAUCUUUAAUUCUUUUGUGUGCCGUUCUUAUAAGUGCACAUUGCUUCCCAGCGUCGAACGAAUCUUGGUCUUUAUUCAAACGUGCUUUUGAAAGAAGAUAUUCGUCCAACGAAGAAGAGUUGCAUCGGUUUGUUGAAUUUGUAAUUUUUCUCAAAAAAUUCUAUUGUAUAAAUAGUCGACAGAUAUGGGAAAGAAAUGUUGCUUUGAUUCAACAACACAAUCUGGAAGCCGAUCUUGGUCUUCAUAGUUAUACACUCCAAAUGAAUCGAUUUGGUGAUAUGACAAAUGAGGAAUUUCGAAAACAAAUGAAUGGAUUUAAAAAGAGUGCAAAGGACGAAGUCAAUCAAGACAAUUAUCAAACAUUUACGGCACCAGCAGAUUUCGUUCUUCCAGAUAGCAUUGAUUGGCGUACCAAAGGCUAUGUAACAUAUGUAAAAGACCAAGGUCAAUGUGGUUCAUGUUGGGCUUUUUCAACAACUGGUGCACUUGAAGGACAACAUUUUGCAAAAACAUCAAAACUCGUUCCGCUCUCCGAACAAAACUUAGUCGAUUGCUCAUGGCUCAACUUUGGAUGCAAUGGUGGUAACCAAGAUCUCGCCUAUGACUACAUUAAAAUGCAUCAUGGAAUUGAUACUGAACAGACUUAUCCAUAUAUGGCUCAACGAGAAAUGUGUCAAUUUCACAAAAAAGAUGUCGGUGCUACAAUUACAGGUUAUACUCGUAUACAAAAGCACAAUGAAACGGAUCUUACAGCUGCCAUUGCUGCAGUUGGUCCAAUCGCAGUUUCCAUUGAUGCUUCACAAGGUUCAUUUCAAUUUUAUUCGAGAGGCGUCUACGAUGAACCAAAUUGCUCAACAAAGAGACUGGACCAUGCCGUUUUAGCUGUUGGAUACGGAUCGUUGAAUUCAACAGAUUACUAUAUUGUUAAAAAUUCAUGGGGUACUAGUUGGGGAAUGCAAGGUUAUAUUCUAAUGAGUCGAAACAAACAAAAUCAAUGUGGAAUUGCUACAUCAGCUCUUUAUCCACUUGUCUAA